GGUCGCUGUACCCGAGGGAGUAAAGAGUCGAGGAAGCUUGCGAUGGUAGCCAUAUUGUGUCGAUUGUGUCAAUAAAAAUAAAAGUGAUUUUUCUCGAUUUUACGGUGUGUAUGGUGAGGCUUCAGGCCUAUAAGUAUGAGAAAAAACUCCAGUAGACACUCCUCAUAGCAAUGGCAGCGUCGAGAAAAUUACAAGGUGAAAUUGAUCGGUGCCUGAAAAAGGUAGCUGAGGGCGUGGAACAAUUUGAGGACAUCUGGCAAAAAGUCCAUAAUGCCUCCAACAGUAACCAAAAGGAAAAAUAUGAAGCGGACCUUAAGAAGGAGAUUAAGAAGCUUCAGAGAUUACGAGACCAAAUCAAGUCCUGGUUGGCCUCGGGGGAAAUCAAGGACAAGUCUCAGCUCCUUGAAAAUCGGAAGUUGAUAGAGACUCAAAUGGAAAGAUUUAAAGUUGUAGAAAGAGAAACAAAGACCAAAGCAUAUAGUAAGGAAGGCCUUGGGGCAGCACAAAACAAGGAUCCAGCCCAGCGGGAGAGAGAAGACCUAAACAAUUGGCUCAGUUCCUCUAUAGACACGCUAAAUAUUCAGAUGGACCAAUUUGAGUCAGAAAUUGAAUCUUUAUUGGCAACGCAAAAGAAGAAGAAAAUGGACAAAGAGAAGUCGGAUCGAAUAGAAGAUCUCAAGGAAUAUAUAGAAAGACAUCAAUACCACAUCAAGAAGUUAGAGAUUCUAAUGAGAAUGUUAGAUAACCAGUCCAUAGAUUGUGACCAGAUCAAAAUGAUCAAAGAAGAUAUUGAGUACUACAUUGAGUCGUCUCAGGAUCCUGACUUCAGUGAAAAUCUCGGUCUUUAUGAUGACAUCGACAUGGAAGACCUGGAUUACCCCACUCCUGAAAUAACUGUAGGGAAACAUGUGCUGGGCGGGAGUCACGACAGCACGGACGGGUCGACACCAUCUUCUGCGUGCGGGUCCUCGCCUGCCCCGUCUCCUGCCACAAACCAUUCCAAUGACCAUGACGCACCCACCACCCCUCAUGACAAGAAGAGAAGUAAUAAAAACGACGAGUCCAGAUCGGUCAGUUCAGUGAAGUCAAGCCAACCUGUCAAACCUAUGGUAGUGAGACCAACGACCAACAACAUCAACACCAAUAAUAAUAUUAGUUCGAACAACAGCACCACCACCAGUAACAGCAGCUCUGGAUCUACUACUUCCAUUGUUGUGGUCAACACUAAUUCAUCAUCAAAGGCCACACCACCUCCAUCCACCCCCACAAAGCCUGUACUAGGUUCAACUUCUCAAACUACUCCAAACAACAGUAGCACAAGUUCAGGUACUUCCAACCACCUAAUUACCACCUCACAACAAAAUAGCACAGGAAGACAUUCACCAGAACCAAGUGGAUUGAUAAAUAGUGGUAUUGUGAACAACACCAGUGGGAGUGGAAGCAACAGUAGCAGUAGUAGCAGCUGCAGCAACAGCAGUAGCAGCAGUGGCAACUCUGUAUCGAACAGUACAGGUAGUGGGAGUAGCAGCAGCAGCAGUAGCAGCAGCAGCAGUAGCACCAGCAGCAGCAGUGGCAGCAGCAACAAUAGCAGCAGCAGUACCAGCAGCAACAGCAGCAGUAAUGGUCUCAGUAGUGGGGUAAGCAGCAGCGUGAGUGUGACGUCACCGCAAGGUAGUCUGGCAGGCAGUGCAACCACUACACCAGCAUUACCUUCAGGGGCACCAACGCCAUCUGCAGCUCCCACACAUCAAGGGCACACACCAGCUAUGAAUGCUUCAGACACUGCAGUAUCUUUAAAAGCCAUAGCGCAGAAGAAAGUCAAUGAAGUUAAUUCUUCAUCAAUAACUUCAACAGUCUUAGAAAGCAGCAGCUGCCCAGUCAGCAACACCACUACGAGCAGCACCAACUCCAAUGCCAACAACAACAACAAUAACAACAGCUCCAGCACCAGGACCAUCACUGAGAAGUCCACAACGACCUGCGAGGCCAACAUCCCGCCCUUAUUGGGUGUGGCUCCCCUGGGCCCUGCCAAGCUGACCGUUGAGCAUGACCUGCAGUUCAAGAUGCUCCAGGCGGCCUAUUACCACAUGCCUCACCCGUCCGACUCGGAGAGACUGAGAGUGCACCUGCCGCGCCAGCCUUGCCAGACGCCGCUCUACUAUCCACAGGUGAGCGGCUCUGACUUGCCGGUCUCGCCUCCUAUGUCAGAUACAGUAGACUUCUUUCAGCGGCUGUCUACCGAAACUCUCUUCUUUAUAUUUUAUUACAUGGAGGGAACGAAAGCCCAGUACCUGGCAGCAAAAGCUCUCAAAAAGCAAUCUUGGAGAUUCCAUACAAAGUACAUGAUGUGGUUUCAGAGGCAUGAAGAGCCAAAGGCAAUCACAGAUGAAUAUGAACAGGGCACAUAUAUCUACUUCGACUUUGAGAACUGGGGCCAGCGGAAGAAGGAAAACUUCACGUUUGAAUACCGGUUCUUGGAAGACCGGGAUCUGAACUAAAAGCGUCCGCAAAUUACCGGAUCUCGUGCACUCCUCCCUCGGCACUUUUUCCACACCGGGGGUUGUGCAACUUGAGUGAUAAUUAUCCAUAUGAAAACAAAGAAGCAGAGGAGGGGAGGGGAGGGGAGGGGAGGGUGGUGGAGGGGAACUGGGGAGGACCACAGUUGGUUGAAUGAAGGGACUAGUUUCACUUCUCAGAUCAAACAGUGGCCCUGCCUGACCACUACCUUUUUUGUUGUUGUUCAUUGCUUCCCAAACAAGUCAUUGUCAUGUCGGCCACAACCACUGUCACACCAUGAUAUGUGAUAGUGUUAUAUAUUCCAUAACAUUUUUUUAUGUGGUUUCUUAAAGAGAUUUUGUUUUUUUUCCAAUAAAAUAUCUAUUUUAGAGGAGAUUUUCCUCUAUUGCACAUGCCCCAGACUUGUGUUCAUGAAGAUGCCCAUAAGGUCUGCUUCAUUGAGUUGUAUGUUGUACUCCAUUUAGGAGUAAGAUUGCUGGAAUACCAAUUUAUGAUCUCGUUCUUGAAAGGGGAAAGAGUUUAUAGACUUGUAAGUUUCUGUGCACCAUGCAUUAUUGCUCAAAUUUUCUGGAUGCAGCAUUUUGUGCAGACGUUAGCUGUUAACCAGUAUUAAACUUCAGAAGGCUUUGAAUGACAUUGCGUAAAGAAGAAUGCCAAAGAUCUGUCAUGUUGCGUGCUAACCUUGGUUUGCCAGGGUAAAGCUGACUGAGAAUUGAGUUCCAUUACAACCAGAAUGCUGGGCUUUAGGCAUUACUGAAUCACACCUGGGGAUCAUCCAUAUAGAGCUGGCUUCAUUUGUUCUGAUGAGCAACUUUUCUUGAGGAAUGUUUAAAACAAUUAAGGAUUUACUUUUACAUAAUAAGUAAUUUAGAUUAUCUUCAAUAAUUGUAAUUUAAAAGAAAUUACUAGAACUACCUAGAAUGAUUUUAUUUUUAACAAUUGCAUUUAAUGUUAUGGUUCACUGGUGUUGAGGUAUGCGAGAUGAAGCACUGCUACUAAUAUGGAAUUGCUGAGGAAGUCUGGUUGCCUGCAGGCAUAAGUCAUUGGUUGGUCAAACUAUUCAUUAUAACUCAGGUCAGGAAGUUUGAGUUCCUGUAGGAAUGAAAUGUGUUCCUAUUCUCUAUUAGAUAAUAGGACAGCUCCCUUCAGUAACUUCAUAUAACUUGCCAUCAAUAGAAAAUGUUCAAGCUGUCUUCCGACCAUACAUUCUCCCUCCCCUUUACUAAUGUGGAUAAGUAAUGAGUGCUAAAAAUAUGAGUAAUGGCUAAAGAAGUCAGUAUUGAAUUUCAUAACAGCAAGAUAUCAGUGUAAUGAUAUUGCAUCAUUCUAAAUUUUAUAUACCAACUGCAUCAAAAAUAAGGUAUCAGCAAAAGACUUUUGCAAGAAUUCAUAUUAUAGUAAAAAUAAAAAUCACACAAUAUUUUCAAUAUCACAUUGUCAUCUAUGAGUAUGUGUACCAGCAACACAUUUCACAGUCUAUCAUGAUUUUUUCUUCAUUUAAUGCAAAAUUGAGAUUAAGCUCCAUCCUUUCUACAUGGUAUAUCUCUGUACAGGAAGUGAGUCCACUUGCUCAUGAUGCAACUAAUGAACUUAUGGGAGCUUCCAGACAUCCGAGAGUCCAGCAGAAGUAGGAUCAUGUAGAUAGUGUACAGUCGUUGUAGACUUUUUAUACAGUGUAAAUGAUAUUUUUAUACUGUCCCUGACAUCCCUACAAAGGUAUGCAGUGUAGCUGGAAACUGACCACCUUCAUGGUUGAUUUGGAACAUCGCAGUGGAAGAUGAUGGUUUUGCAAUUCAGUGUUCAAGGUUGCGCAUCAUUAAAAAAAAAAAGUAUGCAGCAAUGUCAAGGAAUAUGGACCUCUACAGCAGUUUGAGAAAGCCUAAUUUUCCUAUACAGAAUACUUGAGAAAUUGUGCCUCAUGUUAGAACUGUGUGGGGAUGGUAUUCAUUGACUUUGUUGCAAGUUAUUUGUUUCAUUAUUGUCUGGGUUAGCAAAUUGCAAAUAAGACAUUUUAAUUUUUUCUCAAUUACAUUGUCACUUACAAACCUUUACAACUCUUAUAUGGAUUUAAGCAGAUUUAUUUUAAUGUUCAACUAGAAACUUCUUUUUUUAUAUACCAAUCUAAUAGUCAUGGCAGUUGAUUAGUGGUUGUGGUGUCAUGAGAUUAUGGGAGAAACAACACAAUGGUUUAAGAGUAGAGGACAAAGGUGUUUAUAAAAAAGUGAUAUAAAAUACACUUUAUUUCCUGUGGAAAA